CGCCGGGGCCCCACACGCACGCCGUCAUCCCCUUGGCUAGUCGGCCACUCGGCUACUUCGUGUUUGUUGUUGUUGCGUGUCGCGACGCGCGUGACGAGGCGAAGAUGGUUCAUCUGGGAGUCGGCGGUCAGUACAUCGUCGAGGGGGGGAGCGCUUACGGCUCCUCCAAUCCCGACGAUGUCAUUAUCGAGACCAAGAAAAUUUUAAUGAUGCAGAAGCGCGACAUCGUCCUGACGGCGGUGUUCUCGAGCCUGGCCGCUCUCAUCCUGAUAGCGGGCGUCGGCGCCGCCUGCUACUACUUCCAGAAGCGUCGCCGCAAGCGGGACGACGAGGAGGAGAGCUCGACCGGCGGCGGCACCUGUUCCCGCCUCGAGGCCGGCGCCGAGAAGAAAACGGGACGGCUCAACGGGUUCCUCAGCCUCAAGACGCCGCUGAUCUCCACCAAAACGCUUGGUUUCAGUCCGACAAUUUCUCUUUUGUGUUGCCUCUCAUUUUUACAAAAAUCAGCAAAAAACACCAACGCAAAUUGGAGCGUGCGAAACAGACGUGGCGGAAAAAAGUCGCAGUCGGAAACGUUUAAUCGCGAUCGACGGAGUUUUUCGAUGCGAUCUACUUCCGGAAAGUUUUACGUCUUUUAA